AGGAAAUGACCAGAGACUGUGGACAUAGUACAGGAGAUGACUAGAGACUGCGGACAUACUACAGGAGAUGACCAGAGACUGCGGACAUAGUACAGGAGAUGACCAGAGACUGCGAACAUAGUACAGGAGAUGACCAGAGACUGCGAACAUAGUACAGGAGAUGACCAGAGACUGCGGACAGUACAGGAGAUGACCAGAGACUGCGGACAUAGUACAGGAGAUGACCGGAGACUGUGGAGACAGUACAGGAGAAGAACAGAGACUGCGGACACAGUAAAAGAGAUGACCAGAGACUGUGGAGACAGUACAGGAGAAGAACAGAGACUGCGGACACAGUAAAGGAGAUGACCAGAGACUGCGGACACAGUAUAGGAGAUGACCAGAGACUGCGGACACAGUAAAGGAGAUGACCAGAGACUGCGGACAUAGUGCAGGAGAUGACCAGAGACUGCGGACACAGUACAGG